CCUCUCUUCAAUCUUGGUCUUCUUCUUCCUAAAUAGACGACGACAUCGUAGUUCUAGUUAAUGAAUAUGGAGGGAAACGAGGUGGCGAGAGUGAGCAGCACCCAGACCCAGUCGUCGACAUCUUCCUCCUCUGCAGCGGUGGUGAUGAGCCCUUGCGCCGCCUGUAAGAUUCUACGGCGACGAUGCGUGGAGAAAUGCGUCUUGGCUCCUUACUUUCCUCCCACUGAUCCACUCAAGUUCACCACCGCUCAUCGUGUGUUUGGCGCCAGCAAUAUAAUCAAGUUGUUGCAGGAACUCCCAGAGGCACAAAGGGCUGAUGCAGUGAGCAGCAUGGUGUACGAGGCCAACGCAAGGCUACGAGACCCUGUCUACGGCUGUGCCGGUGCAAUCUGCCAACUCCAAAACCAAGUGAAUGAACUCCAACAACAACUCGCCAAGGCACAGGCACAGAUUGCCAACAUGCAAACACAAAACGCCCAUCUCAUGGCCCUCAUUUGUGACGAAAUGGCACAGUCGUCCCAAACGUUGCCCCAACACGACCAACAGUCGUUUGACGAUUUCAACAGUAGUCCCCAUAGUUACCAGAGCAACACUAGCUUCCUCGAAGAAAACAAUUUUGAACUUCUCUGGGAGCCCCUCUGGACAUGAUGCUCGUUUUAAGAUCGUAUUGUCGACAUGUAUUGACAAUUCGAAGAUUUUAUUAUUGUUUAGUUUCUCGAAUUCUUAUUGUUUGACUUGAGUUUGAUUUGAUACCCAUACAUUUCAUUCUCCUAGUUAUAAGAAGAGGAGAAAUAUCGAGUAUUUAUGCA